GCUUUUGCCAAGCGUUUACCUCUCUCGGCCAUCUGUAUUGCGUCUUAAACCCCCCACGAAGCCACCGUCAAUUUCCACAUUUAUUGGUCUACUAUUCCUCACCUUGUGGUUCCUCUGGCAUAAUCGCCCGUCUACUCUUCAAGUCCCUUGGGUCAGUUCGAACUUAGAAAACGUGGUAUAGGAUAUGUAGCUUCUUUACCAAGUUCUGCCCGUUGUCCAAGUACCUCACGCGUUGAUGCAUCACAUGAGGCCAGCAUCCCAUUGCCAAUCAGCGGGGCCGGAUUUGAAACCCGCGGUGAAGCCAGAUGAACUACGCCAAACCCUAGAGGGCGCCGAUCAUGAUGGCGUUACUACCGAUGGUUCCUCUCCAAGUUAUAGCGUGAAGAUUGAGAGUCCGGGUUCUAGUGUUACUUUAGCUCAGUAUGGCGGAACGAUCGGCUCUUCUCUAACCCCUUCAGAGCCGUAUAGUACCGGGGAGGAUCGGCCGGAUGCAACUGCUAGCCCUCGCAAUUCGGGUUCAUUAUUACCGUAUAGAAGCCUGGCUACGGCAAAGAACGAGGGAAAAUAUGCAAUAGAGGAUGGAAGCUGUUCACCAGGCCCUUUGGCUCUUGCCGUUCGCCCAGCGAAUCCGGUACAGUACAGCAAAAUCCCGACGCGCCACCAUCUCCAACCGGAGAUAUGGGAACUAUAUAAGGAGGAGAUACACGAACUCUAUAUCGAAGAAAACAAAUCGUUGAAUGAGCUAAUGGAUAUACUGCAAGCGAAGGGCUUUAAAGCGACUCCCCGUAUGUAUAAGGCUAAGUUUGCACAAUGGGGAUUCGUUAAGAAUAACAAGAAGAAGGACGUGGCGAUGAUGUUGCGAUUACAACGCGAGCGCGGCGCUGUGGGCAAGCCUACUGCUUUUCGUCGCCACGGAAGGUCGGUUGAUAUCGAAACUUACAUGAGGCGAAAGGGCAUUUCAGGUUUCGAACUUAUAACACCCGCCGCCGGCGUCGACUUACCCGAAUAUCUACGAGCACUCACGCCUCCGCCGGUUGACCCCCAGCAUAUGACCUUACCAUCUCACCUUCACGCCCAGGAAGUCCUCGUCUCGUGUUUUAAGGAUCUUACCUUGGGUUGGCGAGAUUCGCUAGAAUCACCCGCAUCCUUCGAGAAAGAUUUCCAUGCUUAUUUCGACGGUGAAUUAUGCGAGGCUACUAGAGACUUCAGUAAGGCUUGCUGGUUCUUCUCGAGGAACCAUAAUCCUCUUGGUGCUCUGCUUGGUCAGCGCGCUUUCAACUCGUUACAUUUACUCAUCAAAACACCCUCUGCCCUUGGUCUGUUUAACUUACUAAUAGCCAGCGUGAUAUCUCCCGAUUAUGGGCUGGCGAAAGAAUUAUGGAGGUAUUUAGCGGGGUACGCAGAAGCUGUGUUGGGGCCAUCGAGUACCUUCUGCCGAUUAUUUACUGCGAUACACGAGGUUUUCCGUAAUAAUACGUUGGAAACUGGUGUGGAUUUCAUCUUUAGCUGUAUGGAGAGCAUAUUGGACAUGUUGCUCGAGACGGAUGAUUUCUCACAGACUAUCGCACCAUGUAUUAGUUUUUAUUUGCUGGGGGACUUAAUUCUCUCCAAUUCGACAAGGACUAACUUGCCAUCCCUUCGGAAAGUAGUAGCAUCAGCAUCGGAAAUAUUUGAUUCUCACGGCAGAUCUCACUCGCCGGAUUUGAUGAUGCUCAUCGAGCCAGUGGCGUACCUCUGGCAGAAAGGACCCCUCGAUGAACGUUCGGUUAAACUGGCUCGCGUUGCCCUUCGGCUCGAUGUAUCAGAUCAGUACGACUGGACGAACUGGGUGGCGUGGCGUGUCAUUGCCCAAUUUCAUAGAAGCCGAUGCAACGUGGGUAGCUCCGCGGUGAAAGAUCAUCCACGACACGCGCUGGCUCGAUACGCUUUAGAAAGAGCUAUCGACACUGCCGAGGCUGGACGUGGCUUUAGCGAGUUACAGGUAUUUGAGAAUAUGCAGCUGCUAGAAGCCUGGCAUCGCGAAGCCGGGGACACAGAGCAGGAACUGGCGGUACGACGCCGAAGAGAGAAGGGCUUGCAGGAUUAUCUGGAAUCGCUACAGCGAAGCCGUGGAGUAGAGAUACCCAACACUCCGACUUCACAAUGAAUACUUCAAGCGUUUUGAAUUUGUAAUAUUAUAUGGAGGUGCUUCUCCUGAUAUGGGUGGAAGCUUAUUCUUGUCGAAUUGCUUUGGGAGGCACGGUGCCUCGGGUUUGUAUGAGUACACCAGGACAAACAUGUAUUAUAGCAGGCCAAGGCGGUCGGGUAUAUGAAAUAGGUAACAAAUCAAGCUUGCUGUUGUAUUCAUAA